CGCCGUUCAACUUCUACUCGUUUAUGUCUAUGGAACGUACGACCAACGUAAAGGAGGAAAAACAAAAUAACCAAUCGUAUUCUUGGAGGGGCGGGACAAACCCGAAUAUAACGGGACUGUGGUCAUUAUUACUGCUGUGGACUAUAAUAAUCUUAAUAAUAUAACUGGUAGGCAGUGACAUAAUUGUGUUUAUCUAUGUUUGAGGUGCAGAAAGAGACUAGAGGAUGCUGGACAGAGAGUUGGGAACACACUAAUUGAGAUGUCUCUGGCCCAGAGGGUGUUGUUGACCUGGGUCUUUACCCUGGUGUUUCUCAUCAUGCUGGUGCUCAAACUGGAUGGGAAGGUGCAAUGGAACUGGUUCCUCAUCUUUCUCCCAGUCUGGGUCUUCGACGGCAUCCUCAUCCUCAUGCUCGCAGUCAAGAUGGCGGGCCGCUGCAAACUCGGGUACGACCUGCGGAACGGCUCGUCGUCCCUGCGCCUACGCACUUGGUACUUGACUGCCAUGCUGCUCAAACUGGGCUUCUGCCUGACGCUGUGCGCCAAGCUGGAGAAGCUGGCCGACGUGAAGCUGACGUUUGUCUGCAUACCCCUGUGGACCAUGCUGCUGGGAGCACUGGUGGAGCUGGGGCUGAAUAUUUGUCCUGAAAGAAGAGAGGCUUGAAGCAGUCUCGUCUCAACACACUUUCUGAGUAAGAGAACAGCCCUCUAAAAGAAGCCGCUAGUUGGUCAAUCAAUCCCCAGAGCUUCAAUUCUUUAUUGAAGAGCAGCUGUUUGUUAAUCUACUGUGAAGCCAACACUGAAGAAAAAAAAAAUUCUCAUGAUCAGUAUUGUUUUUUUUUUUAGUAUUUCAAUUGUUUACUUUGUAAUUGUUAUACUUGAGUUACAUGUGCUUUGGCUGCGUUCCUCCACACUUCUUUCAUUCCUCAGCUGGAAAAUUGGGAGUUAGCUUAGCUGCUAGCACUCACCAUCCUGUCAUUUAUCCUCUGGCUGCUCCUGGAUUUCUACAAGCUCCUUUUUCUACUCUAUAAGUAGUAAUGUGUCUCGAACUGUCACUCUCUUUGCAUGCAGAGUAAAUCCAAAUUAAACCCUUUCUACCAGCAGUUUAUUUGUGGAUUGGAUCUCAGUCGAAUUCAUUCUUGUACCACUAAUGUUUAUUUUGUGCCAACAAUUGCUCCAAACACUUUUUU